CCUGUCAGGACUCCUUUCUGCGGACAUGGUGGCCUUCGCGACGCUUUUUCCUCACUUCCCAUUCAACUGAGCCAAAGGGGUGAUGUCCCGUUUCUCUUCCUGAUAUCACCGGGAGUUGUGCAAGCAGUGUCAGGCCUCCAUCAUGCUUUAAGCGAGCGAGUUGAGGGGGAUUUCACUUAUGCGUUAGUUAGAAGUGCCUAAGUUCUGUCUAUGUCGAGACACCCGACGUAUACUGCACCAGCAUUCCUGGUGUGCCUGCAGCGACCUGGCUGAGCGUUGGAGGAAAUGGCUUCAUUGCAGAUAAUCAUCAUUGGCACCGGAAUCGCUGGUCUCGCGACAGCGAUCAGUCUUUCUCAGAAGACCAAACACAACAUUCUGAUUCUCGAAAGCAGUCCGAUCCUGACCGAAGCCGGUGCUGGUAUCCAAUGCUCGGCUGCUGCAUCUCGCAUCCUAAGCAACUGGGGGCUGCGGAAGCAAUUUGAGGCGGUAGCGACUUGUCCGGACUUCACGGAGAUCAGACGAUAUGAAGACAACGAACUUAUCGGUCUCAUCUUCGCCAACGUCAAGAAUUAUUCUACGCGGUUGAGGGGGUUUCCUCACUGGCUUGUUCAUCGAGUCGACUACCAGAAGAUUCUGGCCGAAGCGGCUGCAACAAGCGGCGUCAAAAUCGAGUUCGGACAGAAGGUCAUGGCUAUUGACGUCGAACAGGUUAAGGUGAUAUUGGAGGGUGGCAGGUCCCUGCACGCAGACUUGAUUAUUGGGGCCGACGGUAUACACUCGAGAACCCGAGCCUCGAUCCCUGGCUUGAAGGAUGUUGUGCCUCAAAGAACCGAGAAUUACUGCUACCGUGCCUUGGUACCCCGUGAGGAGAUGCUGAAAAAUCCAGUGACCGCUACCUUGAUAGACAACCAGAGUCAGCAGGCUUGGGCUGGCCAAUUCAAGCACAUCAUAGCUUACCCAAUCGCCAAGGGUAGGUUUUAUAACUUGGUGAUGACAAUUCCAGACCUUGGCGACGCCCCGUUAGGCAAAUAUAAUGAGCCAGGCGACGUUGUGGAGAUGCGUCAGGUGUUCAAAGACUUCAAUGACACCGUUCAGGCCGUGCUGGAUGCCGUCGACAGCUGCGCCAAAUGGGUACUGGCUGAACUCCCACCGUUGCCUACCUGGUCAAGUCCCGAUGGGCGUGUUAUUCUCGUGGGAGACGCUUGUCACGCUAUGGCACCACACGCCGCCUCUGGUGCAGCUACGUCGCUCGAGGAUGCCGAAGUUCUUGGUCUUUGCGUGGCAACUUGCAACGGGCUGGCAGAUCUUCCGAGAGCCGCAAAAGACUAUGAGCACCUCCGUAAGGCUCGGUGCGAACGAAUUCAGGAGAUCUCGCGCGAGAACGCGACCACUUUUGCACUUCCAGAUGGGCCAAUGCAACAAGCAAGAGAUCGCAUAUGGAUCGCCCAGAAAGCGAUGCUGGAGAAGCAGCUGCAAGAGGACAGUCCGCUGAUCGUCCCGGCGGAGGAUAUGACCCAACAAUUUCCACAUCCGGCUCUGGUCCAGUGGCUGGUUGGGCAUGAUAUCAUAGAAGAAGCAAAGAGAUAUCUGGCAAGUCGAGAAUAG